AUGUCGACGCUAUACAAUCUGGAGCCGCAGCCGACGGCCAAGGUCUUGCUCAACACCACCUCGGGCGAUCUGGUCGUCGAAAUCUUCGCCAAACAAGUGCCUCUCGCUGCUCGCAACUUUCUCCAACACUGUCUGAACGGCUACUACAAUGGCACCAUCUUCCACCGUCUGGUCCCAGGCUUCAUCAUUCAAGGUGGCGACCCCACUGGUACUGGUUCUGGUGGCGUGAGUGCCAUCAACGACGGUGCGCCCUUUCAGGAUGAAUUCCACUCGCGACUCAAGUUCAACCGCCGUGGUCUGCUGGGUAUGGCAAACUCGGGAGACAAGAAUGACAAUACCUCUCAAUUCUUCUUUACUCUGGACAAGACUCCGGAGCUGCAGGACAAGAAUACCAUGUUUGGCCGUAUCGAGGGAGACACCAUUUACAACCUGAUGAAGAUGGCAGAGGCCGACCUUACAAGCGACGACUCGGACAGACCGCUAUACCCUACGAGCAUCCUAUCUACCGACAUUCUGCUCAACCCUUUCAAUGACAUGGUCAAACAAGCUUCGUUCGCGACUGUCACCACACAAGAAACGUCAAAGCCUCCAAAGAAGAAACGCAAGGCUCAAAAGACUCUGCUGAGUUUCGGAGGAGAUGAUGGAGAAGAACCUGCUGCACCAGUCGUUAAGAAAGUAAAGGUCAAUCCAAACUUCACUGCUCCCGAUCCACAUCAACCAUCAGCCCAAGACGAGCUUUUUACCACGAAAGCUGUAGGGCAGCCGAAACGAGAAAAGGCCGUCCGGAAAAAGUCUCCUACACCAUCACCUCCCCCACCUCCAGCAGCUACAACAACAAUGAGCCAAGCACCCAUACCUUCAACAAUCCCUCCGCGCAAACCCUCCCCAUCACCCACACCAACCCCCUCACCAGAACCCCGCAAACUCACAGCCCUCGAACGUACAAACGCCGAAAUCGCCUCCCUAAAAGCCUCCAUGAAACGAACAACCACCCAACCCUCUGCCCCAGAAAAGAAACUCUCAGCCCUAGAAUCCAUGAUCCCCGCUUCAUCAACCCGAGGUCGUAAACGUGGAAAAGCAAAAGAAGACGCUUUUUCUUUAUCCUCUUUCAACGCAUUCAAAGCCCGUCUUGAAAACCUUCCGGCUGAAAAAAACAUUUCUAGCACAAAUCCUGCUGCUAUCAUCACUACAACUACAGCAACUUUAGUACCAGAAACCGAAACAACAACAGCAAAAACAGAGGCGUCUUCGGCUUUGGAUACGGAAGAAAAACUCUGCGAUCUCCAUUUCAUAGCGAAUUGCCAAAGCUGCAGUACCUGGCAUGAUGACGAAGCGGAAAACGAAAAAGAUGAUGAUGACGACAAUGAUGCAACAUGGAUGUCCCAUGCAUUGAGUUUUGCAAAGGAUACUUUGGGUAAAGAUCUGGAGUGGAAGAGGAAGAUGGAGGAAUUCGAGGUUAUUGAUCCGAGGGAGAAGACGAGGGAGAUUGUUGGGGAGAAGGGGGGUAGGAAGGGGAGGGAGGGGGGUAGGGAUAGGGAAAGGGAAAGGGAAAGGGAAAAGAAGGGCAAGGGGAGGGUUUGA